AUGAUUAAAGAUAACAACGAAAUUAUUCCACUAAUGGGCAAGAAAUCAAAUCCGUCUGGUAUUCCCCCUUCAAACCAGCAAGAGAAAAAGACGACUGAAGGCACUCCCACAAAGAAAAGUUCACACUUUUUUCUGGAGAUUGAUGGGUUUGAAAGCAACACAACUUCAAAUAAUACAUCUCCCCCCGUGUUUUCAAAACCAAUGGAUUCAAAUAUUCGUCCAUGUGCAUCUGGAAAUGGGGAAGAUAUGGAUUCCCCACAGUCUCUUCAGGAUGAUGCGACUGAAUAUAGCCCUAAUGUCGACAGUUGUUGCGCUAACAUAUCCCAAGGACCUGAGCAGACCAGUGGCCGGAAGAAGUUGAAAAGAUACAUAUUUCGGGCAGUAUCCGAGGGGAAUAUAGAAGAAUUGCAAUGUCUGCUCGCAGAGCUGAAGGAACGAUCAAACGCGUGUACAAACAUGACUGUGCCAGAUUAUCUGAUGAAAAAAUUCACAGCUUCAGAUACUGGCAAAACUUGUCUGAUGAAAGCUCUGUUGAACAUCAGCCAAAACACAAAUGAGAUCGUGAAUACGUUACUAUCCUUUGCAGAAGAAAAUGGUAUUUUGGAGAGAUUUAUCAAUGCAGCAUACACAGAAGAGGCAUAUAAAGGCCAGACAGCUCUAAAUAUUGCCAUUGAAAGAAGACAAUAUGAAAUAACUCAGAGCCUUAUAGAGAAAGGAGCUGAUGUCAAUGCUCAUGCCCAGGGUAUUUUCUUCAAUCCCAAACAUAAGCAUGAAGGUUUUUAUUUUGGUGAAACUGCACUGGCGUUAGCUGCGUGUACCAAUCAACCAGACAUAAUUCAACUGUUAAUGGACAAUACCAGGACUAAUAUUUCUUCUCAGGAUUCUAGAGGAAACAAUAUCCUCCAUGCAUUAGUUACUGUGGCAGAGGACUUGAAAACCCAGAAUGACUUUGUAAUCAGAAUGUAUGAUAUGAUUUUGUUGAAAAGUAAAGACAGAUAUUUGGAAACAACAAGGAAUAAGGAGGGUUUGACACCACUACAGUUAGCUGCAAAAACUGGGAAAUUAGAGAUCCUGAAAUAUAUCCUGAGCAGAGAGAUAAGAGAUAAGCCUAACAGGAGCCUGUCAAGAAAAUUCACAGACUGGGCUUAUGGUCCUGUUCAAUCUUCUCUUUACGAUCUGACAGAACUAGAUACCACCGCAGACAAUUCUGUGUUGGAAAUUAUUGUCUAUAAUACAAAUAUUGGUAAUCGUCAUGAAAUGCUGACUUUGGAGCCUCUGAAUUCACUCCUGCGAAUGAAAUGGAAGAAGUUUGCACGACACAUGUUUUUUAUGUCAUGUUGUUUUUAUUUCCUUUACAACAUAACUCUAACAUUAGUUUCCUACCACAGGCCUAAUGAAAAUGAAGCUCCACCUUAUCCGCUAGCUCUAACACGUGGUGUGGGAUGGCUGCAGUUAUCGGGACAGGUGAUGGUUAUGUUAGGAGCAAUAUUUUUAGCCAUAAAAGAGAGUGUAGCCAUCUUUCUGCUUAGGCCCUCAGACCUGCAGUCAAUUCUCUCUGAUGCGUGGUUUCACUUUGCAUUUUUUAUACAAGCUUUGCUUGUGAUCUUCUCUGUCUUUUUGUACUUGUUUUCCUACAAAGAACACCUAGUGUGUCUUGUUUUGGCAAUGGCCCUAGGAUGGGCUAAUAUGCUCUAUUUCACCAGAGGUUUCCAGUCCAUGGGCAUUUACAGUGUUAUGAUUCAAAAGGUCAUCCUGCAAGAUGUGAUAAAAUUUUUAGUUGUCUAUAUCGUGUUUUUGCUGGGAUUUGGCGUAGCUCUUGCUGCAUUGACCGAAACUUGCCCAGGUGGCAGUGAAUGCCAUUCCAACAGCCGUCUGGGGCCUGUUCUGAUGGAUCUUUUUAAGCUCACCCUAGGACUGGGUGAUCUGGAGAUCCAGCAAAAUUCAAAGUAUCCUGUCCUAUUUCUUCUGCUCCUCAUAACUUACGUUGUGUUGACUUUUGUUCUUCUCUUGAACAUGCUGAUUGCGUUAAUGGGAGAAACAGUGGAAGAUAUUUCUAAAGAGAGUGAGCACAUCUGGAAACUCCAGAGAGCCAGAACUAUUUUGGAAUUUGAAAAAUUCUUACCAAAACGUUUGAGGAAAAAGUUCCAACUGGGAGAACGGUGUAAAGUGGCUGAAAAUGACACCAGGGUGUGUUUAAGGAUUAAUGAAGUGAAAUGGACCGAGUGGAAAACACAUGUUUCAUUUAUUAAUGAAGAUCCAGGGCCAACAGAUCCAAGCAAAGUUCAAGAUAAUUCAAGAACUAAUAGCAAAAACACCCUGAAUACAUUUGAAGAAACGGACGAUUUGCCUGAAACUUCUGUUUAG